AUUUUGGUCAAUUAACCCAUUCUAGAGGCUUCUUCCAUCCCGGUUCCAAUAACUGUAUAUAACUUCGCCAAUUCCGGUACCUACUUCCUCCUUCAUCCCGACUGAAUAACCCUAGAAGAGAAGAGAAAGAGGGAAAAGGCGGAAUUCGAGCUUCUUGGGAUCCGCCGAAAUCGAGCUCAGCCAUGGGAGGAGGAAACGGCCAGAAAGCCAAGAUGGCCCGCGAGAAGAAUCUGGAGAAGCAAAAGGGUGCAAAGGGUAGCCAACUCGAAACUAACAAGAAAGCCAUGAGUAUUCAGGGUCUGAUCAUGGUGUAUGUUGAAAUCAUGUUCAAAAUUAUGGCUAACGAGGAUCAACACAGUGUGCAAAUUCUGGGGAAUUCUGGCCUGUACAUCAAGGGUCAAGCUGGAGCUUGA